AUGCAGUCAGAAACUACAAGUGGUAAUACUUUAAACGUGCCUAUUAAUAGCUGUAGUAGUAGUAGUAGUAGUAAUAUUAAUAAUGAUCAUGUAUACAGACUAACACCAACCACUCCAAACAAUAAAUCAAUAUUCAAUGCUGAUCCCUAUCAAGUAUUAUCAAUGAAUUCAUCGUCUCCUGCUAAUCCUCCUUCAUCUACAUCAGUAUUAUGCAAUAAUAUCGAUGGAAAUAUUAUCAAUUUACAAAUCAAUUUUAGUAUUAAUCAAAUUGAAUGUAUUUGUGAAGUACUUUUUACCAGUCGAAAAAUUGAACAAUUAAGAGCCUUUCUAUUAAAGAUAUCAACAAGCUCUAUGUAUUCAACAAGUGAAACCAUAAUGAAGUGUAGAGCGUUAAUGUUAUUUAUUGAUGAAAAAUUUAUUGAUUUAUUUAAAAUUUUGAAAAAUUUCUCCUUCAGUGCAUAUAAUCAUUAUGCAAUGCAACAUUUAUGGUAUCAAGCACAUUAUAGACAAAUUGAAAAAUCUCGUGGAUGUCUGCUGAAUGCUGUCGGUAAAUAUCGUGUACGUAAGAGAUUCCCUCCGCCAAGGACAAUAUGGGAUGGUGAUGAGGUGACGUAUUCUUUUAAGGAUAAAUCAAGGCAUUAUCUAACUGAACAGUUUACGCAUAAUCCAUAUCCGUCAAUUGUUGAAAAGCAUGCCCUUGCGAGGCAUACAGGACUCACGUUAACACAAGUGUCGAAUUGGUUUAAGAAUAGAAGACAACGUGAAAGAUUGUUAAACGGAAAUAGUAAGAUAAAAAGAUUAUCUGGUUUAUCAAUUCACCAACGUCAACCGAUCAAAUCAGUUGAUAGGAAUCUGUCAUCUCCAUAUGCUUCGAGUACAUUUAGAUUUACAGAGAUAAAAGGCUGGAUAGUACGUAUUAUAAAUUUCAAGCAUUACUGGAGGCAGUGAAUUUCGAAGGAAUUCACAAUUAAACUGUUCAAUGCAAAGAAACACUAAAGUGUAAUCUCUGAAGAUUUUACAGAAACUCAGUCAACUGAAUCGAAACUGUCAGUGGAGUAUAAUGCACGAGUGGGAACGCGUUCUGAGGCGACAAGAUGUGAUAAAAAUCCAUUGGAUAUGCCGUAUCAAGAUCCAUGCAAAUUCCAAGUCGAUUACAAACAGAGUCCUUCAAUUUAUGAUGUCAAUUUCGAUUGUUUUCAACUUGGGAAUUAUUCUUCUGCAUCUUCUUAUGUGAAUUCUUCUAGACGUGAAGAUUUUGCAACGAACUGCAUGAAUUAUUAUCGUUUCAGUUGAGAUACAUUUAUAAUUUUAUUAAAUUAAC